ACAUAUUCAUCACUCAGGCUAACGGGUUUACUUGUGUUUUAAUAUUACAGCAACAGGUUAUUGUGUAUUGUGUGAAGAAAAAUAAGCAUACGUUAGCUUUUAUAUUUGAUUUCGUGAUUUCUGCUUUCGGAUACAUUGAGAGAAUUUCUAAGAUUCAUAAUAUUGGAUUAACUGGCUUUAUAACAAUAUUUAAUGUUUUUAUUCGUUGAUUGGAAUUAUCAAAUGUGCUAAUACUAUGUAGGAUGUGAAGGUCACGAGUGUGUGGUUAGAAUGUCAGGAUCGUUCUGUCUGAUAUGUUUGUCCCUAAUUGUCGUAACAGUAGUCCCUAGUGCAUGGUGCCAAAGUCAUGAUCAAGAUGCUUCGCGGGAACGUCCAGUCGCGCCCCAUCGUAUGGAGGUACAGACUAUCAAACCAGAUGACCCCAGGGCCCGGUUAAAAGGACUAUGCAGAGAUGGUUGGUCUCCUGGGAGAAUGAAAGACUUUUCUGGAAAAGAAAUUCCAAUAUGUUUAAAAAUAAAUCCAGAGGCCCUGACGUGGUCAGAGGCCCAGCAGGAAUGUAGAAGGGACUAUGGUUUCUUGAUGAAGUUCGACUCCAGAGCAACAAUUGACGAAACCGAUUUGCUGUCGUCAGUCAUAACUAAUGAUAUUACUAAGUUUUGGACCGGGAUGCAUUCGGAGAAUAGUCAUCUUAUUUGGGACGAUCUCAUUCCAAACCAAGUCAGGCCGCACAACAGCGCAAACGGUACGUUACGCCAAGAGAGACCCUGGAUCUGGGAUAGCAGUCUAGUACCAAACAGACCACAGUACUGUGGUCAGAUGAAUGUGGAAAUGGAAGAUAAAAGGCGAAGAAAGAAGCGAUCAAGCGAUGAUGAUUCAAGUGACAAUAAUUUUCCCAGUUUCGAUUUUUCCAACUUUAGAAGCAGCAUGUUUAAUAAUGAUUUCCCCCAAUCAAAUAAAGAACUUCCACCAACAAGCGCGUUUGAGACACUGCUGUCUCGAACUCAGAUGUCGGACCAACUUGCAGAACUUCCUGGAAUACUUGGACUUCAGAGCGAGCACCAAAUUCCUGGUUCCGGGAAUCCUGAUGCAAACAUUCAAAAUGGCGGACUUGCCACUGACAUGCCUACUUUUGGAACGACGUCUAAUUUCGAACAACAAGACACUGACACAGUUACUCCGUUUGAAAAUAUUGAAUCAAACAAUGGAGAUACAACGAAUACAGAUUCAAAUGAAAAUCCAGUUACAAAUCCUUUGCUUACGUCAGUUAAAGAAAUUGCUGCAAAAAUUGAAUCAAAUUCAGGUGAUCUACCAACGCCUACUCCGACAGAAGCUAUUGAAGCACUAAGAGACCUAAUGCAACAGAACGCUGAAAACUUAAAGCCAGAGAUCUCUGACUUAAAAGUACCCGAUAACUCAUUUGUAAGUGGAACUACUGUUGUUCCUCCUACAACUGAAGGUUCUAGUGACUCUAAUGGAUUAGAUGUGGGAACUGCUGAUGACACCCUUAAGCUAGACAAUCUAGAAUUGAAAGAAAUAGGAAAAGAUGAUUUGCCAACAAUGGACAGAGUAGAUGAUUCUAAUAAACUUUUCCCCACAGAUGCAAAAGUUACAGACGGUGGAACAGGAGAUGACAGUAGCUCUUCAAACGUUCCGGAUAUGAUAUUCCCUAAAGCAGACACAAAGGAUGACAACAGUAAAGGUAUUGCUGAAACACUUUCUGACAAUUUAAAAGACGUUGCUGACGUUCCGGAUUCCACCGAUGAUGCAUCACCUGACGGCUCCCUAGGAUUUGGACAACUGACAGACUUUUUAACAAACACGGCUGUAAAUGAAGCUAUGGAUUUAAGUAAUACAAAGGACACUUUUGAUAAUGGUAAGGAUAUUGUGGAUGAUUUAUCUCAAGGAACUAGCCAGAUAGACUCGGAUGAUUUUUCAAAUGACAAUAAACCUGAUGUUCUAACAACUGUAUUAAAAGAGACAGAAAAAUCAGAGAUAGAAAAUAUUGAUCCGUUGAAUACUAUUUCUGAAACUAGUGAAAAGUUAGAUUCAGUUUUAAAAGAUGAAGCUGACAAAGAUAAUUCUCUUGAUGACGUUAUCAGUACUGUAGAUUUGACAGACGAAAGUACAGAUUUUAAAAUGAAUGAGGGCCUGGAAAAUGUGAAAGAAAGUUUUGAUAAUCUACUACCGGAAUCUUCUUCUCUAGAUGAUGUACCAGCUAUAGAUACACCAGAGACAGAUGAACUUGUCACAGAUGCUAAUAAUGAUGAGUCAAAUUUUGAUCAGAUUGAGACUGAUAAAGAUAAAAAAUUAGAUCAUUUAAAUAAACAAGAAACAUUUGAAAAUAUAAAUGAAGCUGUUGACAUGAUAACUGAUACUAAAGACGAUAUUUCCGACUUUGAAAUACUAAAAGGUAAUAGUGUAUUAGAAAAUACCGAUGAAGGAAAUAGAGCGCACAUAGCAGACAUGCAUGACAAUGAUGUAAAAUCACAUAUAGAUCAAAUCAGUGAUUCGGAGAUAAACCUCGGAGAACAAAUAGAAGAUUCUGAUCAUAUUGGAGGAAGCUCAGAUGAUGUUAGGCAUUCUGAAGACAUUGUUAGAGAUAGUGGGAAUUUUGAAGAAACCAAGGAAAAUGAUAAACCUGAAGUUGAGAUGGAACCGGUGAAAACAGAUUACUUUGACGAUAUGUCUGAAAGACUAGGUAUGUCAGAGGAGACACCUGAAAAUGAAAGCAAAAACGUUGCAGAUGAGGAUAAAGAUAUUCUCCCUGAUACAGUAGAUGAUCCUCUAGACUAUUUAAAAGGAACAUCUGAAAAUUCGUUCAACCAGGAAUCUUUUCGUGGGACAGACACAGGCAUUAGUACUGACGACAUUGAAAAUACUGAUGAUGUGGUUGGUAGUAAAGUUGAUCAAACUGAACAAAACGAUGACGGACACACUAAAAGAGAUUCUGACUGGUCAGAAUUUGACUGGAAUAACAACGACCAAGAAACUGCUACAGAUAGUGCUGCAUCGGAAGUUGAUGACUAUGAUGUAAGUGAUCCUCGAAGUUUUGUUCAAGAAGAUAUAAAUGCGGAUGAAAACGACUUUGGGGAAAAUAAUGAUAAAACUGACAUUAAUGAAAAUAAUUUUGGGAGAAAUGACCAAAACAGUGACAUUAAUGAAAAAGAUUUUGAGGGAAAUAAUGAAAAUAAUGAAAAUAAUGACAUGGUUGAAAAUGAUGCUGAAGGAAAUACUCAGAGUAAUGACAUGUAUGAAAAUUUAGAAAACGAAAAUAUAGAUGAUACACAGGCUGUGCUUAGUGAUAAUGAUCAUGAGACAUUAGAUGGACUUCACGCUGAAGCAGACGACAAUUUAGGACAGGAAAAUGAAGCAAACGCGAACUUAGAGAGGGAUUUUCCAGAUUCCUAUUUUGAAGACAAAGAAGAACGAGACCGUUUUGAUGAAAUACCAGAUUUGGCAGAAGAUGUUGUAGAAAACAAUCGCAAGACAGCUUUAAUGCCAAUAAUAGAGAGUAAAGAGAUGCAGCUAGCUUCGUGUGAAGUCAAACUACCUUCUGUCUGUUUUAGUUAUGAAGUUGAAGUUAUGGAUAAAGCUUCUACUUGUGAUACUGGCUGGUACGGUCACGUGCUUCUUGACACGUGCUAUCAGAUACUCGAAAAGAAAAUGAGCUACAGGAAGGCAGUUUUAGAAUGUCAGUCAAAGAGUGCGAGACUCGUUUUGGCAGGAAGCGAUUUCGAGCGGAUGUUUGUUCUCACUGCGGUCAUGAAAGAUGGUAAACUAUUUAGAGGUGCCAAGUUUUGGAUGGAGUCGCCAAAUGAUAAAUUGAAUUGUAAUUAUUUCGACGAGAGAGGAAUCGAUAUUAUGAGCAGUUGCAAUUCCAAAUUAAAUGUCGUCUGCGUCAAGGAUGCCAAAUCACUUUCUGUAUACAAGGUGAACAACCAGCCAUUCUACAACGAAGAUGCGGCAAGUUUGUACGACAACGCAGGCGUGCAGAGGCUGUUCUCAUCCCGCAGGGGAGACAACAAGAUUCCUUGUGAACUGACGAGUGCAGCUUCCGAAUUCCCUGUUCUUUGGUUUAAAGACGGACUUCUUGUAGAAACCAAAGAUACUUACGUUUCGAAUGACAUUUCACUUUUCUUAAACUCCGAGUUGGUAUCGUCCAUCAGCAUGGUAACAGACCGUAGCCUGGCAAUGCCAGCUCUACAGGGUCUGUACUGGUGUGAGGUAUGGGACAGACAAACGCUGACCAGAAAAAGAUCAAAGUCAUUCAAAGUUCGAUUUUCAGACGUUAUUUCAUUCCACGGUUCAAUGGAGUUGUCGCCCUUUUCUCACAAGAAUGAGCUGCUUUUCAACAUGAUGAAUCAGAAGUUCCCUGAACUUGUUGCCAUAGAGACGGACAUCAAGAAAGUCUUCAAAGAUGUUCUGCCAAUGAUACAGACUCGUCUGCCAGAUGUAGCAGACGUGUUUACAUACAUAGAUGGAAUCAGGUCGAAUCCAAACGUGCUCGAGUAUCAUACAUAUUUUUACCUUAACAAAGACUAUAGUACGAACGACGAAGAUUUAAUUUAUAACAGAAUAAAAGCCGCUCUACGAUCAAAACUUGGAAACCGGUUCUACAUGGCGGAACUUCCGGGUCACACCCCACUAGCGGCAUUCAGGACAAUGUCACUCCAGAGUACAGUGGCCUGUCCAGCUGCCUCGUUGCAGACGACAAGAGACCUGUACGGCCAUACAAUCCCGGUGAAAGUCUUUUCUUUCCCUAAAGCUCUCCUUGGAGAAUUUGCCAACAGCAUCGAUAAUUGCAGUAUAACAAACCGGCUACCGUCCGGGACAGCCCGUUGCCUAGGAGAUUUCUACACCGGCGCUUACUGGGGUGAGGUUGUCGCAAAUGAAUGCAUUGAAGAAGGAGAUCUGGACGAGUUCAAUAAUGAAAUAUGGGGAGCAUCACCAUAUACUGAUAAACUAACAGAAAUUGCACAAGUUACAGUGGAUGCAAGAAACGUGGAGAAAAUUGUAUCAGAAAUAGCAAAUAUUGCCAAGGUGGCGCCAAAAUUUACACCAACCGACAUAAACAAGAUAGCAGAUGUUCUAGAUCACACGACGCAAGUUCGUAAUUUACCACCAGAGGUUGGUGAGAACGUGUUAAAGACAGUGGACCGUCUAAUGAGAAUCAGUGAUAAAGAAACACAUGUAGCUAAUGUAGAAACGAAGGCUGCCAACAGGAUUAUAAAGUCUCUGGAAAGAUACGCAGAAAAUGCCGACAUUGGAACCAAGGAUCAGAUGAGAUUUGUGUCCGAUAACGUUGUCAUAGAGAUCUGGGACAUUAAACCCUCCACUAAACCGGUUAUUGGUCUGGCUGCAGAAAGCCACGGUUCAGACAAGCCUUUUAGGACGGAGAAUAUCGCAACUGUUUACAAUAAGUCGCAUCUGUAUGACGCCAAUGUGGACGCUGCCAUUGAACUUCCGGCAGAAGUGUUCGGCAAGAAAGAGAAAGGUGCUACAAUUAGUGACCGUUUAACUAUGAUGGUAUUUCGUAAAAGCAAACUAUUCAAAGCCGCCAUUACUGACGGUGGCCGGAAGAUGAGCCUGUCAAAACAACAGCUGUCCAACCUUAAUAGUUACGUCAUUUCCGCUAGUAUUGCUGGAAAGAAAUUACAAGACCUAAACGAGAAAGUUAAAACUAUUUUUAAACCAAUUAAGAAUGUUGAAAGUGGGCGCAGCUGUGUAUGGUGGGACUUUGACAUGAAUAAUUUCAAGGGAGGCUGGUCCAGCAAGGGCUGCGUGUACGAUGGUAAAGUGAAUGGCCGAGAUGUUUGUUUGUGUGACCACCUGACAAAUUUUGCCGUCUUAAUAGAUUUUUACGGGCAGGCAAAACCAAUACCAGACCACCACGAACUGUCGCUCAGUAUCAUAACAGUGCUGGGUUUGAGUUGUUCAAUCCUUGGUUUGUCACUGACCAUCAUAUCAUACCUCUUCUUUAGAAAACUUCGUCAAGGCCGUGCCCAGCAGACGUUGUUUAACCUGUCGCUGUCACUUCUCCUGUCCAUGCUUGUAUUCUUGGUCGGUAUAAGGCAAACCCACAGUUACUUUGGCUGUAUAACUGUAGCUAUACUUCUGCACUAUCUAAUUCUGGUAUCGUUUAUGUGGAUGUUGAUGGAAGCGAUACUGCAGUACCUGACAUUCGUCAAGAUUUUAGGAACCUACAUCACACGGUUUACACUAAAAACUGUACUUCCGGCUUGGGGUCUUCCAUUGGUACCAGUGAUUGCAGUACUCUGUGUAGAUUAUACUCUGUACAAGGGUGGACCCAAUUACUGCUGGAUGGACCUUCCUGCAUUCUACUACGCCUUUGCCAUUCCUGUCACGUGCAUUAUCGUAAUAAACAUCAUAAUCUUUAUAGUUACUAUAGUCAGUAUCUUCAGACGAGGCAAAGGGUUGCGUAGCAACCAGAAGAAGCAAAAGAUGGCAAUGACGAAUCUUCAGGCAGCAGUAACUAGUUUUAUUUUACUAGGACUGACAUGGGUAUUCGGAUACCUCGCUAUUUCGGAUGCCCGUCUGCCUUUCCAAUAUGUGUUUACUAUACUGAACUCUCUUCAAGGGUUCUUUAUCUUCAUACUGUUUGUUGUUCGCAAGAAGAAAGUACGGGAACAGUGGUACUUUAUCUGCUGCAAAGGCAUGGAAAAGGAUCGUGUGUCAAGGUCACUCUCCGCUUCGAAUUCGAUACCUAGUACUUACAGCAACGGAAGUAACAGAAACAGCCGCAAGGACGGUCGGGAAAGAGACCGAUCAGACAGUACAAAAACUGUUCAAUCCACGUACUCCAACUCUUCAAAUGGUUUCACGAACUAUGGUUACGACCAUGGAUACGACUUCCCGUUUAACAGAUACGACCGUAGAGCUUUCAAAAAGUUUUAAACCGGUGUAUUAUACGAGUUGAUGUUGAACCAUUUUUACAUGGGUAACGCCAAAAGUAGGUUUUGCAUGUGUUUCAAGACAUGGUCUUAUGACACAGGUUAAGCUAUGCGUGCAAACAAAAAAGCAAAGUUCACAUACAUGCAGAGAUGAUGUCUGUAAAAUCGCGGGUUCUUUAUUCUCAAGACAAUAUAAAUGCAAAAUACAAAAAUUAAUAGUUAUUACCCUGGAAGAACUUAUAUUAUGCAAUUUACUCUAUAAAAGAUUGCAUUAUAUAAAUAUUUUGAAAUAUUAUACAGUAUUUAAAAAAUAAGAGCACAUUAUUGGAAACAGAAAUAGUUUUACUUGGCAAGUUUUUAAGACAGGAAACCUUGCAGGGCGUAAGUAAAGUUUUAUAGUUCCUUAAUGUACGAAAAGUCUUUGCAUUUAUAUCACUUCUUUAAGAUUUACUGACAGUAACUGUUGUAACAGAAGCAUUGGUGUUAUCGAACAGUCAAAAAGAAGUAUUUUUGCUAGGGUGAAAGCUGACGCGUACCAUACCAAAUUCGCUGGUGAGCAUUCUCUCUCACCUUAUGUCGGCAUCGCAUUUUAUCGUCAAUAUUUUGACUGCGUUUAGACCAAUGAAAAAUUCUAUUCAUACUGAUUUAAUAAUAAAACUUGCGAAAAGCAGUUACGAUUUAUUUAUUAUAAGAAGAUAGUGUAUAGUUCAUUUAAAGCAUUUCAUUAUUAAUUUUAAAUUAGGAACAAAAUGCUAUACUGAUACAUUUAGCUUAAAAUGGUUUAAGUGUUGUUCGUGCAUUUUGCUAGUACAUGUACAUAUUGUCAAAAUGUACUGACUUUGACAUUAAAAUCGCGAUUAGAUCCAAUUCUACAUUUGAAAUAUAUGGUAUUUAAAAACCUAAGUAAUAAUACUGUUAGUUACAGUUAUUUUAUUUCUGAUUGAUUCUCAAGAAUAAAGGAUGAGAAGUAAGCUACAUGCAAAUUCAACAAACAUAUCUUGUAACUUGGUUUUAUUGCAAACGCUCAUUUAAAUUCAACAAUAUUUGACUUCUCGUGUAACAUUGACCGGUUGUUUAUCGUGUCCUUGUCUUUAUGUCUCAUUUUACAUUAUGUGAUAUUAUUGAUAAUUUUAUUGAAUUGAUGUUUUUUUAAUUCGCUUUUGUGCUAUGUAUAUAGAAGCUUUGAUUUAUUAUUUUUUGUUUUGAUAUAUGUAAAAUUGUGUUUGUUUAAGAAAGGUCUUGUAUUUAGGUUAUACAGUUUAAUCUAACUUGGUGAUGAUUACAUUAUUGUUUACAACUCGGUUUUCACUAUUCGACAGCUGUAUAAUAGGGUUAGCCUAUUAUAAUACUAGCUCGAUCUGGAAUGUUGUAUUCGGCUCUCGUGGAUUUUGCAAGGUCGGAUCACACUCGGCGCCUCGUGAGAUCCGAUCUGGCAAAAUCCACGAGAGCCGAAUACAUAAUCCCAAAUACCUCCACCUUUUAGUUUAUUAUUAUGUUAUUGAACGAAACCUUCAAUGUUUAUCGAUGAACAAAGUUUGUUAUGCGCUCUUUAUAGAACUGUGUCAAGUCAUGCAUAUUAAAUGAAAGUAGUCCGUCAACAUACAGUACAAAAGGUACAAUAUGGAUUCUUUUUUCUGUGUGUUCAUAUUUGCUUGUGAAAUACAAGCCGUAUUUUUAAUAAAAUUUAUAUAGAUAUAUAAUAGAAAGGUUUAUUCCCUUGCAGUCAAUGUAAAUUAUUUAAUGUCGAAGUCUAAGUUAAAGUCCCGUCUAAGACUUAUUGUCUGUAAUUAACUAUUAUAAAGUCGAAUGUGUACAGAUAAAUUCAAGCGUCUAGUCCUCUUGUUUACGGGAUGUUGUCUCAAUGUUUGCUUAUUUCUAUUUAUAACUCUGUUAAAGGCUUAUUUGAUUGUAGUUAGCUCGUUUGCCUAUUUGUUUGAUUCUAUAACCUCGAAUGGAUUUUUAUUUUUAUUUUCUAAAUACAUUUGUCAGUUGUCUUGUUUAAAGGAUCCGUCUUAAUAUGUUUGUGUUUGUUUCAAUUUUUUUGUCCCUAUAAUUAAUUUCCUGUCGAGCUUAAAGAAUAGGUUUUUUUGACGAUAUUAUGAUAAAAUUUUGUUAUAUUUUAACAGAGUAAAACGCCAGUUUGGUAGGUUUCUUUAAACAUGGCGACUGACUAUGUAAUGUGUCGACAUCUGACUGAUAGCAUUAAAUUGUAUAUAGGUAGAAAAUUGUGAUAAUGUUUUGAGUUAUAUCAUAAAUUAAUAAAAAAUGAUAUCAUUU